CCGCCCCUUCCGGCGCCGCCCCCGCCCCGCCGCCCGUCCCCAGCCCGUCCCGGCGGUAAGAUGGCGGCGGCGGCCGAGUGCGAUGUGAUCAUGGCGGCGCCCGAGGGACCCGGCGAGCCCGAGAGCGAGGAGGAGACGCGGAGAGAAGCAGAAUCAUUCAAGGAACAAGGAAACGCAUACUAUGCCAAGAAAGAUUACAAUGAAGCAUACAACUAUUACACAAAAGCCAUAGAUACCUGUCCUAAUAAUGCCAGUUAUUAUGGUAACAGAGCUGCUACGCUCAUGAUGUUGGGGAGAUUCCGAGAAGCACUGGGAGAUGCUCAGCAGUCUGUCAGAUUGGACGAUAGCUUUGUAAGGGGCCAUCUACGGGAAGGGAAGUGCCAUCUUUCCCUAGGGAAUGCCAUGGCUGCCAGCCGCUGCUUUCAGCGAGUUUUAGAACUGGAUCAUAAGAACACCCAGGCGCAGCAAGAGCUGAAGAACGCCAGCACCGUGCUUGAGUAUGAAAAAAUAGCUGAAGUGGAUUUUGAGAAACGGGAUUUUAGGAAGGUUGUAUUUUGCAUGGACCGCGCUUUGGAGUUUGCUCCUGCUUGUCACCGAUUCAAAAUCCUCAAGGCUGAAUGUUUAGCGUUAUUGGGUCGCUACCCAGAAGCACAGUCUGUAGCAAGUGACAUCUUACGCAUGGACUCAACAAAUGCAGACGCUCUGUAUGUCCGUGGUCUCUGCCUUUAUUAUGAGGACUGUAUUGAGAAGGCAGUGCAAUUCUUCGUCCAAGCACUCAGAAUGGCUCCUGAUCACGAGAAAGCAUGUCUUGCCUGCCGUAAUGCCAAAGCACUUAAAGCAAAGAAAGAAGACGGGAAUAAAGCAUUCAAAGAAGGAAACUACAAACUAGCAUAUGAACUAUACACAGAGGCAUUAGGAAUAGAUCCAAAUAACAUAAAAACAAAUGCCAAACUUUACUGCAACCGAGGGACAGUCAAUUCAAAGCUUAGGAAACUUGAAGAAGCAAUAGAUGACUGCACGAAUGCAGUAAAACUGGAUGACACGUAUAUCAAAGCAUACUUGAGGAGAGCGCAGUGUUACAUGGACACAGAGCAGUAUGAAGAUGCUGUAAGAGACUAUGAAAAGGUUUAUCAGACAGAAAAAACAAAAGAACACAAGCAACUUCUAAAGAACGCGCAGGUGGAAUUGAAAAAGAGCAAACGGAAAGACUACUAUAAAAUCCUUGGGGUUGACAAAAACGCCUCUGAAGAUGAGAUCAAGAAGGCUUACAGGAAAAGAGCACUAAUGCAUCAUCCAGACCGACACAGUGGGGCAAGCGCGGAAGUACAGAAGGAAGAGGAGAAGAAGUUUAAGGAGGUUGGUGAAGCCUUUACCAUCCUGUCAGAUCCCAAGAAGAAGGCCCGCUAUGACAGCGGGCAGGAUCUAGAAGAGGAUGGACUGAACAUGGGAGACUUUGAUGCAAAUAAUAUCUUCAAGGCCUUCUUUGGUGGGCCGGGCGGCUUCAGUUUUGAAGCUUCUGGGCCUGGAAAUUUCUUUUUCCAGUUUGGCUAAAAAAAAACAAAACCAAACCCCACACAUACCUGAUCUGCUUAUUUUAACCUUGAAUACGGACAUACUUAGACUCCUUCCUUCAUCAUGUCUCAUUGUACUUAGAGCAGUUUCAUUUUCUCAGUUGGAGACCUCUGUUUUGUGUGCUUUUGUGUGUGAAGAGGAAACCAGCUCGGGGAGGGGAAGACUUGUGAAUUUUGUUUUACUGUUAACUUUAUUAAAAAAGAAAAAAAAUAAAGCUUUGAAUCUUUUGGUCCCUC